AUAUUCCAAUGUUCAGGCUAGCUAGCUACAUCACAACUGUGCAAGAGCCAAGACACUAACGAAAUAAGCCGCCGGGGAACGGCGAGAAAGUAUCUACAAGUUUUAACAUUUUUGAGUAAUUUGAUUUAUCUGUUGGAAAAUUAAGACAAUUUAACGUUAGAAGAUGGCUGUGAACGUUUACUCUACAUCUGUGACCGGCGACAACCUUAGUCGCCAUGAUAUGCUUUCUUGGAUCAACGAGUCUGUACAGAUGAACUACUCCAAGAUUGAGCAGUUGUGCUCAGGUGCUGCUUACUGUCAGUUCAUGGACAUGCUUUUCCCUGGAUGCAUACCAUUGAAGAAGGUUAAAUUCCAGGCUAAACUAGAGACUGAGUUCCUCCACAACUUCAAACUUCUACAGACCAGUUUUAAGAAGAUUGGGGUUGACAAGAUCAUUCCUGUUGAUAAAUUGAUAAAAGGCAAGUUCCAGGACAACUUUGAGUUUGUGCAGUGGUUCAAGAAAUUAUUUGAUGCCAACUACGAUGGGAAGGAGUAUGACCCGGUCAGUGCUCGCCAAGGCCAGGACACUGCUCCUACUCCCAACCCAGGACAGGUCGCACCCAAGCCCAGGAAGCCCAGCACUGUACAGCCCCACAGCUCCCCACCUGUUAUCAAACCAGCUGCGAGAGUCGCUCCCAUGAGGUCUACAACAACAGUGACCAAACCCCCGCCCAAGUCAGCAGGGAGUGCCUUGCGUAGGCCCGGAGCAGCAGGGGAUGUGGAGAGGGAGGAGCUAUCCCAAGAGGUCAGUUCCCUGAAAGCCACUGUCCAGGACAUGGAGAAAGAGAGAGACUUUUAUUUUGGAAAGCUGAGGUCCAUUGAGGUCAUCUGCCAAGAAGUGGAUGGAGAGGCAGAUACAACUAUGCAGAAGAUUAUGGAUGUUCUAUAUGCCACUGAUGAGGGGUUUGUUAUUCCUGAUUCCGAUGCUGAAGGAGAAGAACCAGAAGAGUUCUGAUGAAAAAUGGACAACUCUAGUCCAUGCCAUAAUCUCUCUCACACACACACACACACACACACACACAGGUUAGUGAACACACGUUUGCAUGUGCAUGCAUACGCACUCGUGUGCUCUAAUGAACAUGCACUUACUCACACAUACUGCCACUGUGGAUUAAGUUGCCUUUGGAUCAUACACUGGCUGCCCCCUUGGUCCAAGUCUUUGUUGGUCCAAGUGUUUUUUGGACCAUAAUACUUUUCAGAGAGCCUGCUGAUCCAGCCGCCAGAGAAGAAGAACCCUGGAUGAAAUUCUAAUAGGGCCAUUCCUUUCUGGUUUCUUUUCUGCCUUGUUCUUAUUCUGGCCUCUGCUGUGCCUUUCAACCUUGGCCUGUUACUUUUGAAAUAUGUUCAGGUCUUUCUAUUCCUAAUUUCCAAUUGACCUAAACAAAACUGUACUAGGUGAUUUUGAUAUAUUUGCAAAUAUGAUUAAUUAUUAAAGAUAUAUGAAUAUGUUUACUCUGCCAAUGGAAAUUAUUGUAAUUUUUAUGGUAUGUUUACGCAUAUUCAUUAUACUUGAGUUCAAAUUUGUGGUUUAGGCGAUCAGCAUUUGUAUUUAGUUUCCUGUUUAUCUGGGGAGGUAUUCAUCACAUUACUUUUUUUUAAGUAAAAAAGUAAUGUUUUAUUGAUAACCUUUAAAUAAAAUACUGUACUUUUUACUUAAAUGCUAAA